UUAGCCUCGUUCUCUUGCGAAAAAAAAAAUCAACAUAUGUCUGAUAAGGAACACUUUUUUCAGCUGUAAAUAAGGUGUUGUGCCUUUCAGUCAGGCAGGUUUGUCAGAUUCCUGGGAUUAGGCGGAGUCUGGCGAAGACACAUAAGCAGGCAUGCAGUCUCCCGCUUCUCAUUUACCUGCGACGACAGACGUUCCUUCAGCACACUGCUGAGCUGCAGCUGCAAGAGACUGUCGCAAGGCAGCACCUAGGAGACCAGACAGCACAAAACUUCCAGGAUGGCCCUGUUGCAGAGCUUCCUGUCCGCAGAGCAGCUCCAGUGCUCCAUUUGCCUGGACAUCUUCACCAACCCUGUUUCUACCCCAUGUGGCCACAGCUUUUGCAUAGCCUGCAUUGGCAGGUACUGGGACGAGAGUAGAACCUGCCAGUGCCCUCUGUGCAAGGAGAUCUUUUGUAACAGACCUGAUCUGCACAUCAGCCGAACCCUCAGGGAGAUCACAGAGCAAUUCAAAGUCGCGUCGGGCUUUGGGGCUCGCAGCCAUAGCCAGAGAGUGUCCUGUGUGAGCCUACCAAAGCCAGACGAGUUGGCCUCUGUUGACUUUGCAGAGGCGCGGUCCCGUUGGACCCCAUCACAUAGCCAAGUUGCCGACAGCUGCAUACUUCCAGCCUUAGCUCCCCCGGUCCCAGACGAGGCCCAGGUGCUCCAGGCACAAGCCUCAGGUUCUCGUCUGGCUUUAAGGAGGUUCACGUUGGGCGGGCCUGAAGACUGCCUGCACACAACACUGAACCAGAAGCACCAGUGGUGCAUGUUCUGCAAGAGCGACCAAACGUGCACCUGUGAGAGAUGUGCAGAGAUGGACCACACAGACCAUGAUGUCAUCUUCUCGGAGAGAGAGGGGCUGCUUAAUAAGUCUCUGUUAGGAAUAACUGACAAAGAAAUCCAGGAGAUGAUCCAAGACAGAGUGAAGAAGGUGGAGGAGAUAAGAACAUCCCUGGUGGACAUCAAAGAAUCUACGGAGACAGAAAUGUUGGGCAGCCUGCAAGUCUUCAGCACCCUGGUCAGCUCUAUCCAGAGAAGUCAGGCUGAGCUGCUCGAGAUCAUCGAGAUGAACUGCCAGGUGGCUGAGCGCCAGGCCGUGGACCUGAUUCAGGAGCUGGAGGAGGAGAUCGAGGAGUUACUGAGGAGGGGUGAUUCCCUUAAGCAGCUCCUGCACUCUGAAGACAAUGACUUUUUGCUUGAGACUAAGGACUGGUCCAGCAUAUCGGUGAACCCUGACAUCUGCGUUGUAAAGGUACACAAGAUUGUUUCAAGGCUGGUGGAGCCCUUCCAAGAGGAGCUGAAGAGGCUCCCAGAGAAAAGUUUACGGGCUACAGCGGACUCCACCCCACUAAUAUCACAGCCAAAGGGCAGGAAGAUCCAGGAAUAUGCAGUGGAUGUCAGGCUGGAUCCCAGCACAGCUCAUCCCAGGCUGAUCCUGUCUGAGGACAGGAAGCAGGUGUGGUGCGGAAGCAAGACCCAGAGAGUCCCCGCCCACCCGCAGAGAUUCGACCGCAUUUUCUGUGUUCUGGGCCAGGAGGGCUUCACAUCAGGUCGGCACUACUGGGAGGUGGAAGUGAGGGGUAAGACUGACUGGGAUUUGGGUGUGGCCAGUCAGUCUGUAAACAGAAAGGGUAAGAUCACGGUCCAUCCAAGCCAUGGUUUUUGGUUCUUAAGCCUGAGGGAUAAAAGCAAUUAUGGGUUUCAGACCAGUUCAACCAGUUCCCACCUAAGACCCCAGAAAAUAGGUGUCUUCCUGGAUUACGAUCGGGGCCAAGUCUCAUUUUAUAAUGUGGAGGCUAAACUGCACAUCUACACAUUCCACGGGACCUUCUCUGACACCAUCUACCCCUUCUUUUGCCCCUGUAGCAAUAAAUCUGGGAAGAAUGAAGCCCCUCUUAUCAUUACCCCCGUUGUAAUGAUAGAGUAAAGUUACACUGAAGUAUAUGUUUACACUUAAGAGCUGAACUUCAAACAUAAGUAGUACAGUGAACUUUUUACUGUAUCCACAUACCUGUCAUAAAACCAGACAAUGCACUUUGAAGGGAAAUGCUUUCUGGUUGCCAUUUAAUCCUGUUGAGUAAUGAAUAUAAAUGAAAAUAUUUAUUGUAAAUAAGUCCACACAGAAAUCAUUGAAAUGAUGUUUUAAAGCUCACACUCUCAUUGUACAUAUAUGCUUUUUCAUUGUUUCCUGUAUAUAGUUGUUAACAAUAUGUUUGAUAAAAUCUCUGUUUUCCUGGCUACCGUUCAAAGGACUUCAAAACUGUUAUAGUCACUGUAAUUAUCUUGAUCAUGCCUUCUUAUACUGUAAAAUAUUAUACAUUUCUUUUAUGUUUAUGUUUUAUGUUAUGUUUAUGUUCAACACACACACACACACACACACAUAUAUAUAUAUAUAUAUAAAAAAUAUUUUUACCUGAUUUUUACUUGGUUAUUGUCAAGUCCAACAUCCUGUCAACCUCCAGAUCCAGAAUCCAGAGCCCAGUUUCCAAAGAACCGGUUAAUUAACUGCAUUUACUGGCACUGUACACCUUAAAUACCAUCAUGCCUACUAUCAGGUAUGAUGAGUUUCACUGAGCUGAGCAGUAUGUUCCUGAAUUCUUGCUCAUGUGUACCCACUUUGAGUACAUGCAGAAAUUUCCUUUUGGUAUUUUCCUCUGAUCGUGUUACAACCCCUGCCUGUCUUCCCGGUUUUGAUGUUUGGAUUGUGUUUUGUGGCCCUCAAUAAACGAAUAUGGAACCAGCACAUGGACCCAGAUCCAGUUCAUCACAGUAAUGGGUGAG